AUGACGGAUAUUCAACUAAAUGGAAAGAGUACAUUAGAUACUCCUUCUGCUACCAUGUCAGCAAAAGAAAAAGAGGCAAAAUUAAAAUCGGCUGAUGAGAAUAACAAGCCACCGAACUACAAAAGAAUUUCUGACGAUGAUUUAUAUAGGCACUCUUCUCAGUAUAGAAUGUGGUCAUACACUAAAGAUCAACUUCAGGAGAAAAGGGUAGAUACCAAUGCCCGAGCGAUUGCUUACAUUGAGGAAAAUUUAUUAAAAUUUAGAGAAGCACACAAUUUAACAGAAGAAGAAAUAAAAGUACUAGAAGCAAAGGCUAUCCCUUUGACAAUGGAAGAAGAACUCGAUUUGGUGAAUUUCUACGCAAAAAAAGUUCAGGUAAUAGCACAGCAUCUAAAUUUGCCAACCGAAGUAGUGGCCACUGCGAUAUCCUUUUUUAGGCGUUUUUUCUUAGAAAAUUCUGUUAUGCAAAUAGAUCCUAAAAGUAUUGUACAUACUACUAUCUUUCUAGCCUGCAAAUCGGAGAACUAUUUUAUUAGCGUGGACUCGUUUGCUCAAAAGGCCAAAUCUACUAGAGAUAGUGUUCUCAAAUUCGAGUUUAAGUUGUUAGAAUCAUUGAAAUUUUCACUGUUGAACCAUCAUCCUUACAAACCGCUUCAUGGGUUUUUCUUAGAUAUCCAGAACGUCCUUUAUGGUAAGGUUGAUUUAAAUUACAUGGGCCAAAUAUACGAUAGGUGUAAGAAGAGAAUAACUGCCGCAUUAUUAACCGAUGUCGUAUAUUUCUACACUCCACCCCAAAUAACACUAGCAACAUUAUUGAUUGAGGAUGAAGCCUUGGUCACAAGGUAUUUAGAAACAAAAUUUCCCAGCAGAGAAGGUAGCCAGGAAUCAGUACCGGGAAACGAAAAAGAAGAACCACAAAAUGAUGCCAGUACAACUGAGAAAAACAAAGAGAAGUCCACAGAGAGCGAAGAAUAUUCGAUAGACUCCGCGAAGUUACUAACCAUAAUACGCGAGUGUAAAAGUAUUAUUGAAGAUUGUAAACCUCCGAGUACUGAAGAGGCCAAGAAAAUUGCGGCAAAAAACUAUUAUUGUCAAAAUCCAUCAACACUGAUUCAGAAAUUAAAAAGGAAGUUGAAUGGAGAAGAUACUUCGUCCACCGUUGAGAAAAAGCAAAAAACAUGA